AUGAGAUCUAUAGAUGGCUUCAUCCUCUUGGGAAUCUUUUCUCAUAGCCACACUGAUCUUGCCCUGUUCUCUGUGGUUAUGGUGGUCUCCACAGUUGCCCUCUGUGGCAAUGCCCUCCUCAUCUUCCUCAUCUACAUUGAUCCUCGUACACCCAUGUACUUCUUCCUCAGUCACCUCUCCCUCAUGGACCUCAUGUUGGUCUGUGCCACUGUGCCCAAGAUGGUAGCCAACUUCUCUGGCUGAAAAUCCAUCUCCUUUGUGUGUUGUGGCAUACAAAUUGUUUUUUUCAUCUCUCUUGUGGGAUCUGAAGGGCUCUUGCCGGGACUCAUGGCUUAUGACUGCUAUGUGGCCGUUAGCCACCCACUUCACUAUCCCAUCCUCAUGAGUCAGAGGGUCUGUCUCCAGACUGCUGGGAGUUCAUGGACUUUGGGGAUAAUAGAUGGAAUGAUGCAGAUGGCAGGAGCCACGAGCUUACCCUACUGUGGCUCAAGGAAUGUGGACUACUUCUUCUGUGAGGUGCCAGCUUUAUUGAAACUGGCCUGUGCAGACACAUCCAUUUUUGAUACCCUGAAAGCCCUGAUACUGUUUUUUGCUUGCUAUGUAUUCAUGCUGCUCCUGCCCUUCUCCGUCAUCGUGGCCUCUUAUGCUCACCUCCGGGGAUCUGCGCUCCCCAUGCACACUGCUCAGGCCCAUAAAAAGGCUCUGGCCACCUGUUCUUCCCACCUGACAGCUGUGUCCCUCUUCUAUGGGGCAGCCAUGUUUAUCUAUCUGAGACCCAGGCGCUACCAGGCCCCAAGCCAUGACAAUGUGGUCUCUAUCUUCUACACAGUCCUUACUCCUAUGCUCAACCCUCUCAUUUAUAGUUUGAGGAACCGGGAGGUGAUGGGGGCCCUAAAGAAGGGGCUGGAUCGUUGCAGGAUUGGCAGUGGGCACUGA